UUUUUUAUCAUUUUGUCGUUUUGGGACAGGAUUUUCAAUGAAAGAAGCCGAUGAAUUAAAGGCACUUAAAGGUUGGGAAAGAUUUGAUCCAAAUGAUGCACCAAGUUGGCUUAUAGUAGGUCGUGAUAAACCACAUAUGAUUAUUAGACCAGAAAUGUAA